UAAAGACACGUUCUUAGGGGCAGUUUGUGACGGGAAAUCCGAAAAAAGAAGUAUAAAAAAGUUUUGAGCUGAGUGGAAAAGACUAGACAGGUUUUUCUCAAAAAAUACGAUUUUGAGGUUUUCCACCCGAUCUCAGUUUUUUGCAUUUUUCUCUCCAAAAAGUGAUCAAAUCGAACUAAAAAGGUGAUAUUCGUAAUCAGCACGAAAUUCUGCAUCGAGUGAUGGGCUUUUAAGGCAAAAAUAAAAACAUGUUCCUCUUUUGAAUUAGCCGCGCCUUACAAAGAUAACCAGUAGCGGCGGAGCCAAUGAGACAAGUGAGGCUUGAGCCUCAUCUGGAUUUUAGCUGUAGAGGCUCAGCCUCACUUGAUUUCCGAAUUAAUAUUGUUAUUUUUUAUUCGCAGGAUUUGUUAUGUCGAGCACCUGACCCAUUCAGAUACAUACAUAUUCUCACAUAUAUCUAUCUUAUAGUCUGAUUCACUUAUCUCUGAUGUUUCUUUCUUUUCUCUAUUCUAUUGUUGUACAGAUGACACGUACCACAUAUAUAUAUGUUAUAUAUCUAUUUUUUCUUUCCUUUUCUUCACUUGGAUAUUUUUCUAUAAUCAAUUCAAUCGACUUCUACGGCUUUAUCUAACAGUGCCAGUGCAGCGACUGCAGAAAGAUCUUUCUCGGUAAUAAAUCGAAUGAAGACAUGUCUGCGAUCGACGAUGACACAAAUUCGUUUAAAUACUGUCUUUUUAACACAUAUAUACAAAGAAAAGACAGAUUCUAUUGACUUGAAAAGUCUUUGUUCGACGUUUGCAUCAAAGAAUGAACAGAGAAUAUUUUUUUGGUAGUUUCUAAUCAUUUUUGUAUAAUCUCGAUAGUUACAAAAUAACACAUUAAAAGUCACAGACUAUAUACAUAUCGGGUGCGUUAUAAUGAAGGGCCUCUCGAUAUUUUCUAGUUUUCUCAUGUUCCUUUAGGAUCCGAAGAUUAGUAUUUUUUUAAAAGAUGUGCCGCGAAAUACUCAGCAAAAACCAUAUCUAAACUUUAAUAGAUAUAGAAAAUUGUAUCAUAAACAUUCUCUCUCUGUUGUCCGGGUUGACACAACAGAUUCAAAAUUCGUGUUAAUAAACAUCAUCCAAAUAUAUGGCAUUUUAUUAAUUGUUUAAAACAAGAAGAAGUAUAUUUUCGUUAUCAAGUAAUACAAACUGGAAGACCAAGAACAAAAAAGAUAAAUCGUGUACAACGUCGUAUUGAUACUCUUGCUAAUCAUUAUGAAAAUGAUGAAAUAAAGUUAGAAGAAUGUUUAGAAGGUUUAUCAUUUGUUGUUGCUAAAGACAAACGAAAAAAAAAUGAUCAUUCGUCGUCGACAUGA